AUGUUGGUCGACUCGAGCCCUACAGACAGCAGCAGUACCAAUAGCAACUACAGCAUUUCUUCCUGUGCAAAUGAUAUACCCUCUACUAUAAUUUGGAAACAAACCAAAAAGUCAAUCACUCUGCAGAUCAAUAUCAACCAUGUAUGCAUUACCUUGACUGAAAGGUACCUCAAACUCUCCAACAGAUCAAAGACAAUUACGUUACCACUGUACGGCAAUAUCUAUCUUGAACAGUGUCACGUCCAGCAGAUGGUCGAUAUCAACAAGCCUUACGAACACAGCAGCUCUCUAUUUCAGAGCAAUGCCAUUGAGUUAACAUUAGAAAAGGAAUGUUUCGACUUAUGGCCGCAUCUACUGAUGCAGCAGACAGAUCAAGAAGUUGAAUUCUACCUGCUUGAAGCCAAUUUUCUGGUCCAUAUAUACUAUCAGCAAAACGAACCAGCUUCUCCGUCCCUACUAGAACCUGAUACCUACGAUAUAUUGGAUUUCGAAACGGUGAUUAAUGGCCAAGGUGAAAAAACUGGUCUUGAAUAA